AUGGACCAAGAUGAAUUUUUAAACAAUUUUUUCACCCAAGUUACACAGCAUUGCUUUGAUAAAGCCAAGGAAUCAGUGGAAAAAGAAAGAGAAAGAUGCAAAUUCUUGCAAAUGGGUCCAUGGGGAAUGCUGCUAACACAUCUACCUCAAAUAUCUGUUGCUGAACGUUCUUAUGCUGAUUUAGGAUUCCUUCACACGAAAAAUAAAGGAUUUCUUAGAAAAGACACGUCUUUGAAAACCAUGUACGAAUCAUUAAGAGUUGACAUGAAGAGAUUAGAAGAAAUGACUCAAGGAUCCAACACAAUUGGAACUAGAAUUGCAGCAAUUUCAUCUCAAUUGUGUCAAUUUGUUACUGCCAGAAUCCAAUUGAUUGAUUUUUAUGAAAAAAUGUAUAGCAUGAGUAUUAACAGUAAAGUAAUGUGCCAUCAAGAAUUACUGCUGUCCAUAGAAGACAUUUCUAAAUGUCACGUACUCUCUUGCUCUCAUGUUGCCUUAAAUACUAUCAAAGCAGCUUUUAUAUUAGAAUGUGAAAUCUUAAUGCAAUUAAUAAGAGCUUAUAUAGAAAUGCAAAAUUGGCGAUUUUUGCCAUCUUUGAUGGCUCUUUAUGGAGCCCAAACCCGAAUGUUAGCAUGGGAAAAAACCUUACAAAAUAGAGAAUCUUGGAAACUCGGAUUUGGAACGACUUUUUUGAAAACAAACCAACAUCCUGCAUUAUAUCAAUGGUUAAUGAAACUAAGAGGUGCUAUAUUAGCAAAAUUUUCGUUAUAUUUUCAUACUGCGUUAAGUCAGCAAGCUAGUUCUGGAGAAAUGAAGAGUAUCAUGAAUAAGCAGGCCAUAGAUUACUAUCAUAAAUUACAAAGCUUCCAAAAAAAACAUGACAUCCUAGCGGUUAUGCUUAUUUUUGAUUCACGGGGUAGGCAAGAUUCUGGACCAGGAUAUAAACAUCCAAAGAGAGAAACAGAUAUUAUAGAAGAUUUCUCAAUAGUUUUGAGUAUACCUUAUUCUUUCAGUCAAAAACCGUUCUUCCAUUGGGAUAAAAUCAAAAGUAGCAUAAAGGAGUGUCAUAUUGAUCUAAUGGCAAUGGAUAAAGUUGUACUAAAUAAAGACCAAAGUGAUAUGUGGUUACAUGCUAUGUACAACAUAGAUCCACAAAUGACAUUGAUUGUAGCAUAUGAAAUCUGCAGUAAACAAAAAGACAAGAAUGCCAAUAUAGCUUCAUUUAUAUUGGAAAUAUGUAUGCAACUGAGGUGCAACAAAGUCUUCGAGAGUCUUAAGUUAACCAAAUAA